AUGGAUUAUAGACCGCGCGUGAAAUGGAACUAUAAAUUCGAUUGGACAGAUAAGCAUCUUAGUCGUCAAGAAACCGAGCCGUUAAGAUUUAAGUACGAUGAAUUGGGAGCAGCCGCCCUCACGAAGCUUCAGGAUAUCUCUGCUCAGAAUAAGGGGAGAAAGGUCGCUCACGGAGACCACUCAAAACCCGAUCUCUAUACUCUUCUGCGUGACAGUCACAAGACGGAUCCAGUGCUCAGCAAGUUCUGGGAUGAGCUUCACUCGGUGCCAGUUUGGGUCGACUGGGAACAGAUCGCACGGGGCCAGAAAUUUUUCUACCGAUAUGCUGCAGCGAAUAUCACAGGCUUCGCCCUCCAAGGCUUUGUGGGAGAGAACUCUGCUUCUCCUGGCCCUGUUGAAGUCCUUGUCCGUACAGGAGGUUUCUCUACCAAGGUGCUUCUUCAUCGCUUGAUGGAGACAUUUCAGUGGCUUCUGCAAGUCACUUCGGAAAUUUCAGCCAUCCAACCGCAUGGCGAGGGCCAUGCAUCCACCAUCCGGGUGCGACUUUUGCACGCUUCCGUUCGACAGCGAAUCAUGAAGCUCGUUCGAUCUCAUCCGGAGUACUUCAAUGUUGAGAAGUAUGGAGUUCCAGUGAAUACCCUUGAUUCAAUCCACUCAAUCACGGUUUUUUGUUGCAGUCCGAUGUGGUUGCAACUACCCAAGCUGGGCAUUGUACCCAGGCAGGAAGAGGUGGACGACUAUAUCGCCCUCUUUCGUUACAUCGCCUACCUCUUGGCGACGCCGACUGAAUACUUCGAGACCUCAGAGAAGGCAAAAGCGGUCAUGGAGUCUAUGUUUUGGCAUGAGGUUGAGCCAACACCAACUUCCAAGGUCGUCGGCUACAACUUCGUCAAAUGUCUGGAAGACCUUCCACCCAUGAACAUAUCGAAAGGAUUUAUCGAAGCUGGCAGUAGAUGGUUCAAUGGCGAUGAGCUUUGCGAUGCGGUCGAUGUCGGCAGGCCUGGGUGGUACCAUUACGUGCCGGUGGUGGGACUCAGAUGGGCCGUCAUGACAUUAGCUUUUCUUCAAAGAACAAUCCCGCCCCUUGAUAGAUUCAUGGUCGGAUACUUCCGAGAUUCGCUUUAUCGCGCCAUCAUCCUCAGUAAGUCUGGUUUAAGUAAACCAUCGAUAUUCGACUUCAAGUAUGUGCCGCAGCCAGGUAAGAUCACAGAGAAGGAAGAUUUGCCGUCGCAGCGGAAAGACGAUGGAUCGAAGCGGUUGGGGAGGCCGGCGGAGCGGUUCCUGUGGGUGGUGUUUUUGAUAGGGUGCGGAUUCACAGCUGCCACGGUUGGAUUGAGCGUUAAAUUGGCCAUAGUGGGUUUGGAAACAUUUCAAACGUUGCAAGGUUAG